AUGCUUCGUGUUCUCGUGGCUCUUUUGGGCCUUGCGGUGCUCUCCGAGUGCGGCAGAUCCUCUUCGAUGCCUGUGGACGACGACGCCUUCUUCGGAAUCACCACCACUGAUAACCGUGAGUCUGGGGGGAAGCGAGGUGGAAAAUUGGUGGCCACGCUUGGGCUGAUAGCACUUUUUGCCUAUGUUUUUGCAUUUCGAAAAACCUGAGUCAUUGGUCACAUUUUCAAAUAUUUUGAAGCAAAUUUGACAGACGUACUCGAAAAUUCCCAUUUACCAAUAAGAAAUUGAAAUUUGAGAAGCACUGCAAACAAGGUCAAUUUUACCACGCAACGGACGAUUUCAUAACCACUUGAAUUUGGGUUUUCGAACUCCAAUAGUAGAAUUGACAGACUUUUGUGAAAAGUUCACCGGAAAUGUGACCGCAAAAAAAAGAGCGGACAGAAAUAAGUGGCUUUUCAACACUUACUAACUACCCGAGGGCAUGCUGACCAACCUUUUGUUUCCUUCCGUUACCCUCUUUUCAUGCCACUCGGGCUUGACCUUCCGGCCGAAAAUUUCAACAGGGACACUCACAAUCAUGUAUUUUGCAGCGUCCUACACGUACCUGGACUACGCGCAAUGCCAGACACUGUGCGAGGUUCCCUGCAAACGGACUGUUGUCGAUUUCCACAACAAAAAGUACGAUAUGUACAACUGUGAGCGUCUGAAGGUUAUCAAGGUACUUUGCAUAACUUUUCUUAAUGCAUGUUUAUCACUAAUUGAUUUGAUUGUAGACCUCGUUCAUCGACAACCUCAAGGGAGGAUCCUUCCAAAACGCUCUGAUUAUCGUCGUCGCCGUCACGGUGUCCGCCAUGAUUCUCAUCGUCUGCGUGUACUACUGCUGCUGCUCGAGAAAAGACGACGACAAGUACAUCCGCGGGGACGAGUUCCGGUAAGCGAUUUGAAUCAUUGGUACCGUAACGCAACCUCUGAAAUAGUCCGUAUUCCAGAGAGCUGGCCCAUGACGAGAGAAAGGCGCUGAACAAGGGAUCAUCAGUGAUCGAGGUCUAG